UAUUUUAGUUUCUGUCAAGUCUAUUCAAAAUUAAAUUCUAUCUUCUGUUGGCAGGGAGAUGAAGUCUUAGCAGUUAAUGGGGUGGAUAUCAGGGGAAAAUCUGCCUUCGAAGUAUCGUCUAUGUUACAAGGUAAAGCAUGGAAAUUGUGGACCUGUGCAAUCUAUUGAAGUUCAAAGGCAACUUGUUGCUCGGACCCCAGUUCUUUAUCGAUUGGAACAAAUAGAUAGUGGUGAUACUUCUGUUGGUUAUGUGCGCCUAAAGGAGUUCAAUGCAUUGGCGAGGAAAGAUCUGCUUAUAGAUUUGUUAAUUAUACAUGGGAGCAGCACCAAGUUCGGCAGUAGACCUAUUUGAAGUUGUUCAAGUAAGCAACUAGCAAGCAGAGUGGCCACUAGUAGUAGAUUGUGACAAAGUGACUUUGUCACCUGGUUUUCAGCAUUCUGAGUUUUUAAUUUAAUUCUGGAUGAUGUAAAAUUAAUUAUUUUAGAACGCGCUACAAGACGAUGCUACAAAUCAGAUGCCUUGAUAUUUCAUGUUUAUUAAUCAGAAUUUUGAUCUAACAACAAUAUGUUGCUGGGUCCAACAUAUUUGUUCUAUACGAUUGUGGUCAGAUGAUCAGUAGUUUCCUUCAUGUAGGAGGAACCAAGCUCAUGUUUGGGAAGAGUAGUUUUCUAAGGAAUGCAAUUAACAUUGUCAAUUAACAAUAACAAUACUGAUAUUUACA